AUGGCUGAGGCACGGCCGACACCUUGUGCCCCUCCCCCACACGGGACCCUGAUCCAUACUUGUGAUAAAUUAACAAAUAAACUUAAUGACCUAGCCUUACAGAACAGUGAGAAAGCAACACUUUUGAACCAAAAGGAAUCACAUGUCCGAAAAGCAGAUUUAGGAUAUGAAAAGUUAAAAAUAGAUAUACCAAAAGUAAUCCUAGUGGCGUUAGCCCUCGUUAUGGGCACCAAGGCUGGUGGCUACGGUGGCUACGGUGGCUACAGCGGGGGCUUCGGCGGAGGCAGAGGUGGCGGCGGCGGCAGCGGAGGAUAUGGAGGCGGCUUCGGAGGAGGCUUUGGCGGCGGCCGAGGCCGUGGCGGCUUCGGCGGAGGAGACGGCGGGAGCGGAGGCCUUGGCGGGGGCUUCGGAGGUGGCGAAGGAGGCGGUCUCGGCGGAGGCCUCGGCGGCGGCAGAGGAGGAGGCCUGGGUGGUGGUCUCGGCGGCGGCGCCCGUGGGCUAGGCGGCGGUUUCGGCGGUGGUAGUGAAGGAGGCCUGGGCGGCGGCAACGGGGGCAGUCUGGGAGGUGGUCUCGGCGGCGGACUCGGUGGUUUCGGCGGCGGUAAUGAAGAAGGCCUGGGCGGCCGCAACGGAGGUGGUCUCGGCGGCGGACUCGGCGGCGGACUUGGCGGCGGUAGCGAAGGAAGCCUGGGCGGCAGCGGCAGCGGUCUGGGUGGUGGUCUCGGCGGGGGCUACCAAGGACACACUAGUGGCAAGUCCUACGCCAUCUUCAGCGGCCCUGUCGAGGGCCACGUUCAGCCCAUCCAGGCAACGGUUUCCGACAAGCACGGCAAACACGUAGAAAUUCACGAUUAUGUGGCGUACCCCAAGUACAAGUACGAGUACGGCGUGGAGGACCACCACACGGGCGACUUCAAGCAGCAGAGCGAGAUCCGCGACGGCGACCAGGUGGAGGGCCAGUACUCCUUCAAGGAGCCCGACGGCAACAUCCGCACCGUCAAGUACGUCGUCGACAAGCACAGCGGCUUCCAGGCGGUCGUGCUCAACAGCAAGCAAGGGAACGGCCAAUAGCCCUCGAAACAUUUUGUAGUCAUUUUUUACCUUUUUCAUUUGUUAAAUUGUUCUCCCGUUAUGUUUUGUUUGCUUUCCUUUCUUUUUAAUAAAGU